UAUUAGCACUACUUAAUCGAUAUUUCUUUACGUGCAGUAAGGCUGGUUCACAAGUCUCGCGCAUCCCUGCUAAAGUCCUUCCACAUGCCUCUUCAACUAUCUACCUGAAAACCCUUCCCUUUUGCAAAGCUCAGUACUGGAGAACGCCAUCUCAACAGCCCAAAGUCUUUUACGGCUGAGUCCCUCAACAGCUCUCGAUGUUCACUAGCGCUUCAAACACACCUCCAAACAUCAAUUCCUCCGGCUGGUCCAAAGAAGCGAUAUUCGGCCUCAUCGCACUCUUUCUGAUGAUCAUAUGCUCUAGUAUCAGCAUUGUAUGGAAAUGCUGUGUUCUCAGAGAGAUCAAGUGGGAUGUCUGCAAGGUCUGGCGACCGAAACAAAAACCUGAAGAUGUUGAAAGUGGGGUUUCAUAUAGUUCCACACGUAGAUUCUCGAGUCGUGCGCAUACGAUUUGCUCUUGGGUGUCCAAGGAUAUGGGAAAUAUACGGAGACAUCAGCAGGAGACUUAUUCGAAACUUCUUCGUAUGAAGAGGACAUGAGAGCCGGCUGAGUCAGCCUUCUAGAAUUACAACUGAGACCGUUGAGCGAGAACCCUACUCAAGGAUGCGCCUCACGAAGCGAUGCCAUGGUGUCGAAUGGACCAUAAGCCAGGUCGGGUCGAGAAAUAUUCACUA